UUAAAACCGUUAACACGUAUUUGUUCGCGUAUAAUACAAAAUACUGAGACCCAAAAAGGAAAUUCUGGUUACUUUAAAUUCAGCAAAAAAAUAUAAGAAAAAUAUCUGAGAAAGUCUUUAAAACCCUUUGAAGGGGCCACAAUUGAAUGUAGAGCAAAACAGCCAGCUAAGCAAAGCUAACUGAAGGUGUUUCUGAAUUAAUCAAAAAAGAAAAUUUUGAAAAAAUUUUAAUGAAAGAUGAUUUACUAACAAGUGUAGCGUUCUGGAAAAAAUUUCGAAAUUUAAAAAAAAAUAUAUCACUGUGUUUUAAAUUUUUGAAUUUACAAAAAGUAAAUAUCCGGUUUUAAUAGUUCUCAAGGAGAAAAUCCCCCAAGGCAGCAAAAUUAUCAUCAUGAAAAUGGUACAGACUAACAAUCCAGAGACGGAUUUCAAGGAACGUCUGAUAUCUGCUGUUAAAAAAGAAGUCAAACAGCUGAUGGAGGAGGCGGUAACCAAAAAAUAUGUCCAUGAGGAGAGUACCACAGUUACACAGCUAUGUGCCGCCGUUGAGGCUUGCCUUAGUCAGGGUCUGAGGCGCCGAGCUUUGGGUCUCUUCAAGACAUCAUCGACCACCGCUUUGUUACACAAAAUUGCCAAAACCUGCCCCGAUGCAGAACAUAUCAGUAAAAUGGUACAAGACAUAGAAGCUCAAGAUCCCAGCAAACGUUCCUCAUCUAGCAGUGAAAGUUUUAAUCGCCCUCCCAUGCUGAAGAAGGGUAGCAGUAAUUCGGUGACAGGUGCCAUGAGUGCGAGCUGUUCGACCAAUACUUUGGCCUCAAUGAAAUACCUUUGGAUACGUUUGGCUUUGUAUGAAAAACGUUUGGUGAAAAUUAUUGAAUAUCUGGUUGACAAUGCCGGCUCUUAUUAUGACCGUGACUCUUUGGUGGCCGACUCAGAUUAUGGAUGCAUAUUAAGUUCGCUAUUGGUGGGUCCAUGUGCUUUGGAAUUUACCAAAUCAAAGACCGCAGAUCACUAUUGGACAGAUCCCCAUGCCGAUGAGUUGGUGCAAAGACAUCGUAUUAGUGCAGGAAGAAGAUCUUCGUCGGUAUCCUCACGAACGCCUAUAAUAAAUUUCAAGCGCAGUCUAAAUACCAGCACCGAUGAAGGAAAUGCAGGAACAUUUAAGUCCAUAGCAUCAUGUACCGCGGCCAAAGACUAUGUGGAAUCGCUGCAUCAGAAUUCCAGGGCCACCCUAUUGUAUGGGAAGAACAAUGUGCAAGUGUUGCCGAAAGAUUGCAGUGAGCCCAUGCUGGGUUAUUUAAGCCUCCAUCAACACAUUCAAACAUUGACCAUAAAAUGGACUCCGAAUCAAUUGAUGAAUGGCUAUCAAGAAGCCGAGGAUGAAGACGACAAGGACUCGUUUUGGGCCUAUGCUUUAAACAUCAAUGUCGACGAUAUCGUCUAUGUACAUUGCCAUCAGAAUCGUGGCGAAGAUAGUGGGGGGACUGUGAUCCUGGUGAGUCAAGAUGGGGUGCAACGUCCGCCUAUCAUAUUUCCCGAGGGUGGCCAUAUGCAACAGUUUUUGAGUUGUUUGGAGACAGGGCUAUUGCCCCAUGGUCAAUUGGAUCCCCCCUUGUGGUCGCAGCGAGGUCUGGGGAAAAUAUUUCCCUGGCCCAAAAGUGUACGCAGACGUAUUUUGCCCUCAGUAUUAGAGUCAUUCGAUGAGACUCCCAUCGAUUAUGUUUUCCGCAUUGUCAGCAAGAGUAAACACGAGGAGUUUGCUGCUGCCCAUUCUAUACUGGAUUUUGUACGCAGCGCUCCCAGAAGGGCCCAGCUGAGCAGUUGUUCCACCACAGGCAGCAGUGAUUGUUCGAGUAAGAGCAUCUCCAUAGACCAGCAUCCCUUGGAGUCUCCACUGUUGCAAACCCAGCAGAAUGCCAGCAUUGAAAUGGUGUGUUCCACUAUGAAGAGGCAAAUCAUCUCCAGGGCCUUCUAUGGAUGGCUGGCCUAUUGCAGGCAUUUAUCCACCGUCAGAACACAUUUAUCUGGCUUGGUCAAUGGCAGAAUAACUCCAGAGUUGAAAUCUGAUGAAGAAGGCCUUACCCUGGACAAAUGGAAUGCCCUCAAUGACAAUGGUGUGGCCCACAAUGCCAACGAAGUCUUCCGUUUAGUGUAUUUUGGUGGUGUGGCCCCUGAAUUACGCCAAGCCAUUUGGCCCUAUCUCUUGGGCCACUAUGCCUUUGGCUCAACUCCAGAGGAGCGACAGAAACAAGACGAGACCUGUAAACAUUACUAUGAGACCACCAUGAGCGAAUGGCUGGCUGUGGAUGCCAUAGUCCAGCAGAGGGAAAAGGAAAAGACCGCCCGAGCAGUGGCCAAAUUGAGUUCAGGCAGCAAUAGUGGCCAGGAUAAAACUGUGCGUACUGUGGAAAUUGAAAUUGGUGAAUUGGAAAAUGAAGUCUUUGAGGAUAUGUCGGAUAUUUCCGAUCCCGGAGACUUGGAGUUUGAUGAUGAACAAAAAACCUCUGCUCAAAUGUCGGCUGUAAGCCUAACAGGCCAUCUGAUGGUGAAACCCAUACCUAGGGCCAUGAAAACUAGCACAGAUUCAGGGCAUGUGGAUGAAAUAGCCGAGGAUUUGUUACUCGAAGAAGAUGUCGGAAAGGAAGGAGAUGAUCAUCAGUCUUCGCCACCUCCCGAAAUCGAUGAAGAAGAGACAAUAGCACACAAAGCAGAAAUGGCCUCCACUGUCAAUUCCAGUUCCAAAAGUACUCCCUCAUCCUCCUCCUUUGAUACCGUUGGCAAUAAUGGCUAUCAAGACUUGAAAACCACUACAACUUCAGCUCAAUUUAUGGCUUCCGAAGAAACGGAACCUCAAUCCGUUUUAAGUCCUGAGUACCUGAGUGCAGAUGAUUUUCAGGAACAUUUGCGUGAUGAUCAAUUAGAGGGUGAGGAAUUGCCUCCUUCGGAAAAUAAAGAUUUCCCCACUUCGGUUAUUGUUACAAAUGCUUCUGUCGAUAUUGUCAACUGGGAUCAUAGUCCCAUGAAGUGUACUCGACCUAUGUCACCGUUGCAAGAACAGCCUCAGACCUCACUGGAUGCAUUGCAGGAACCAAAGUCAACGUGUGUCUCACCGGCCAGCUCAAAUGGUGGUGUCUAUAGUAGUGAACUUUUGGAGCAGUUUGGCUUAAAUCUACAUCGCAUAGAAAAGGAUGUGCAGCGCUGCGAUCGGAACUAUGCUUAUUUUGCCAAUGAGAAUUUGGAUAAAUUGCGAAAUGUUAUAUCAACUUACGUUUGGGAGCAUUUGGAUAUUGGCUACAUGCAGGGCAUGUGCGAUUUGGUGGCUCCCCUGUUGGUCAUCUUCGAUGAUGAGUCACUCACCUAUAGCUGUUUUUGUAAACUAAUGGAGCGUAUGAUUGAUAAUUUCCCCAAUGGUGGCGCCAUGGAUAUGCAUUUUGCCAACAUGAGAUCGUUGAUACAAAUCCUCGAUUCGGAAAUGUACGAUUUGAUGGAUUCGAAUGGUGACUAUACUCAUUUCUAUUUCUGCUAUCGAUGGUUUUUAUUGGAUUUCAAACGAGAGUUGGUCUACGAUGAUGUUUUCUCAACAUGGGAAGUGAUAUGGGCUGCUAAGCAUGUGGCCUCAGGACAUUUUGUUUUAUUCUUGGCCUUGGCUUUGUUGGAAACUUAUAGGGAUAUUAUUUUGUCGAAUAGCAUGGAUUUUACGGAUGUCAUAAAGUUUUUUAAUGAAAUGGCCGAACGUCACAAUGCUGCUUCUAUUUUACAACUGGCUCGCAGCUUGGUUCUACAAUUACAAAUGAUUAUUGAGAAUAAGUAAAUCUAAGAAGUUUUGCCUUGAUGCAAGACAGUCAUUCUCCGAUUAAGACCCUGCCUCCCCAAUUCCCAUGUUUUUGGGCAUAAUUUCUAUUCGAUAACCAAAUCUUCCGAUAGUAUAGCAGUAGUUGUAGUUGUAAAUUAUCGAACCCUGCUCCUGUUUGAAAACCCCUAACAAUAUUACAGUUGGCAUUUUGGCUGAAAUGAAUAGUGCAGGUCUAUAAAAUACUAAAAAUCAAAACACAAGGAAAAAAAGUUUAUUUAUUUAUAAAAUAACUAAGAAUAAAAGUAAAAUAUUAAAUAUGUAAAUGAAAUCUAGGGAGAUUUAUUUCCGAUUGUUGAAAUUUUAGAAAUACAAUUUUUGAAUCUUUUAAAUUAUUAAACUUGAACGAAAUAUUCUUGACAGUGUAAGUUGACCUAGCCAUUUCGCUUCGAAAUUUAGCCCCAAAAAUCUGAAUUUUUGUACGAUUUGCCUAAAACUGUUUUGUAUUUCACUGUCUAAGCAGUUUGUCUUAGACUUAAAGUUCAAAAUUAUCUGGCAUUCAUAUCGGUGUUUAUCCCCCUCACUUCACUUGCAACAUUUUUGAGUCCUCCUGCCAUUUGAAACAUCCCAACAAAUCUCUACAUAGUUUAAACUUGAAUUGGUCAUCACUCUUUGAUUUUAGAGAACUUUUGCCGAUGUUAGAUUGAGCACUUGGAUUGGGCGUUGUUGUUGUUGUAGUAGCAGUGUGUGAUACACUGAGGCGGCAGCUUUUGCCGAUGUAGGAAUUCAUCGGGUCAAGCCGGCACAUACAACCGGCUGCCAUGGGAUUGGGAUUGGAUUGGGCAUGCUGAUGACGUGGCAAUUGCGAUUAGGCAAAAGUUUCCAAGCACUUUUAGAAAUAUACUUCAGGAAGCUCUACGUGCGACAGCCAAGUGGACAACCGAAAGUGGUGUAGGUGUAAAUCCCUGCAAGACAGAAGUAGUUCUUUUCAGCAGGAAAUACAAGUUAUCUACAGCGGCACCUAUCUCCUUGGGAGGAGAGAAUGUUCCAUUUACUGAAAGCGCAAAAUACAUGGGUGUUUUGCUGUA